UCUUGAGGUCAUCUCCCUUUUCAGACGGUCUCUGGUCGCCACAGUUCACCUUCAUGUUGAUGAAUAAAUCACAGCAUACCAGAUAGAGGUGACCUGUUUCCAUUGGAGGAUAAUGGAACGGCUGUGGCUGUCUUUGCUGUUGCUGGCAGCAGCAUGCAGAGGACAGCCAUGUCCAAAACGCUGUAUGUGCCAGAGCCUCUCUCCAUCGCUGGCUAUCCUCUGCUCCAAGACGGGCUUGCUGUUCGUUCCUGCAGCCAUUGACCGGCGCACCGUGGAGCUACGACUUCAAGAGAACUUUAUCACAGCUGUCCGAAGAAAGGAUUUUGCCAACAUGACCAGCCUGCUACAUUUGACCCUGUCCAGAAACACCAUCAGUCAGAUACUCCCUUCAGCAUUUAGUGACCUGCGACGACUGCGAGCGCUCCACCUAGACUCUAAUAGAUUAACUGUGAUAAAGGACGAUCAUUUCAAAGGCCUGACCAACCUUCGCCACCUAAUACUCGCCAACAACCAGCUCCACAACAUUUCGCCCCAUGCCUUUGAUGACUUUCUGUCAACACUGGAGGAUCUUGACCUCAGCUACAACAACCUUGCCCAGGUGCCAUGGGACACAGUUGGGCGCCUGACCAAUGUCAAUACCCUAAAUAUGGAUCAUAACCUCAUAGAGAACGUUCCCCAGGGGGUAUUCACCAACCUGCACAAACUGGCAAGGCUUGAUAUGACAUCCAACAAACUGAAGAAAAUUCCCCCCGAUCCCUUGUUCCUGAGAAUCCCAGUUUAUGCCAAGUCCAAAGGAUCCCCUCUGUCCUCGCUGGUGCUGAGUUUCGGUGGUAACCCACUUCACUGUAAUUGUGAACUUCUGUGGCUGAGGAGACUGACCAGGGAAGAUGACCUUGAGACAUGCGCCUCUCCCCCUGACCUCAGUGCCAAAUAUUUCUGGACGAUACCUGAAGAGGAGUUCAUUUGUGACCCACCAGUUCUAACCCGGAAGUCACCUCACACCAUGGCAAUGGAGGGCCAACCUGCCAGCCUGAAAUGCAAAGCAAACGGCGAUCCAGAGCCUGAAGUCCACUGGAUCAGCCCCGAGGGGCGACUUAUAUCUAACAGCUCCAGAACUUUAGUUUUCCCAAAUGGAAGCCUGGAGAUCAACGUAACAUCACUGAAGGAUUCCGGAAACUUCACGUGCAUCGCCUCCAAUGCAGCUGGCGAAUCCACGGGGAGGGUGGAGCUUGUUGUCACGGCGAUGCCCCAUCUUGCAAACAGCACGAGUCGUAGCCGAGACCCGUCCUCUGAGCCCGCCCCCUCUGAUAUUUUAACAUCCUCCAAGGUAGCACUGCCCAACAAUGAGACGCGGGGAGCCGACCGGAGAGUUUCAUUGGUGGAACUGAGAGGAAACUCUGCCCUCAUUAGAUGGACCAGCCAGACGCCACCGAUAUCUGGAGUCAGGAUGUUCCAAAUUCAGUACAACAGCUCUGGGGAUGACGCACUGGUUUACAGGAUGAUCCCGUCCAGCAGCAACGACUUCCUGGUGCGGGACCUUGCCGCUGGACGCAGCUAUGAUCUUUGCGUCCUGGCCGUGUUCGACGAUGUCAUUACAUCACUGACUGCGACCCGCCCUUUGGGCUGUCUGUCAUUUACCACAGACACAGAGUUCAGCCAGUGCCAAGCACUGCACAGCCACUUCCUAGGUGGAACUAUGAUCAUCAUCAUUGGAGGGAUUAUUGUUGCUUCUGUGCUGGUGUUUAUCAUCAUCCUAAUGAUACGUUACAAGGUCUACAGCCACCAAGGGGCAGGCCACGGGAAAGCAGCCAUUGCAGCCAGUGUGCCAAGACCGCAGAGCAAUGGACAAGGAGGAAGUGGACAAGUCCAAGUCCUCCCUCACUCUGCUUCAAAAAUCACUGAGACUCAUGAGGACCAAGCGCUAGCGUCGUCCAGAGCCAUGUCGCCUAGCAACACCCUGAGAGACACAGUUGCACUGGUUGAGGAGAGCAGUGGACGGAGCAUAAUGACAAGGACCGACUCCCUGGCCAAUGAGGAGUUGCUCUCGCCCACAAAAGCCCGCUUCUCCUCCAGGGUCGCCAUUGAGAUGAAAAGCAGACCGCCAUCUGUUGCCAAAGAGCCCACCUCCCCCAAGGAACUGGCAGCAGCAGACAACAGGCGGCUCCAUAGUGUCCAAUGGAGAGACUUUAAGAUCUGAUGGUCUCUCGGCCUCACAAUGAGAUCGUGUCCACACUUCACAUAAAGAAGCCCUGAUGAUGUCGUUCUGGGUGGCAGAUGUGGAGGAUUAACAUCACCACCAAGGAAAAGCUGGUGAAGAAGAAAAAAAAAAAGGCCCUAUAGCUUCUUUCUCUGUACCUCCCAUUUACUCUACCCAUUACUUUGUGUCCAUUAACAUCACGGGGUUAUAGACCUCGACUCUCUGGCUUUCUUUUCACCGCUUAUCCUGGCUCUCGUGUCUCAACUGGACAACUGACUGUGUCAUGACCAAGCGUGGAGGAUUUAGCUGUUGGGUGUGAUCAUCUUAAUUACUUUUAAUGAAGCGACACGCGUUGGUGCCGCACUUUCCACUUUGCAUCACAAGAAAUCGCCGCAGAAAUGGAUACAGUGGGCAUAAAGAGGCAUUUGGGUAUAUAUCUCAACCAAAAAAAAAAAAAAAGGCCAGAAAAUAUGGAUGGACUUCUAACUUCUACCUGGAACCUCUUCAUGUGCAGACAGACACUGAGCAGAUGGUAAACAUUUGGAAUAAACAGGAUGCAUAGAUAAUCACAUACAACCCGGAUAUACAUCAUGGUUUACUGCAUAGACCGAAACUUAUGAAUGGGUCUUGCCUUGGAUAUAAACGUCUGUGAAACAUCAGCAUGCUGUUGCCGGCUCUUAAGAGGCUUGAUCAUGCAAUUCAUGCUGAGCUGGAGCUGUUAACCUUACCUGGACCCUUUCAUCUCACACUCAGAAUGAUCUGGAGAGCAUAUGCGGUACAGUUUAUGGACAAUUUAAUUGGUUUGACCAGGCCAGAACUGAGAAACCCUGGACCAAGUGAAGAAUUACCUGCUGCUGUAUACUGGUAAUGGACCGGGACUGUGCCAGUUAUCCAAUGCAGACCAAACUGGACUAGACAUAAAAGCCUGCAAUCUAUUGUUUUCCACUGAGUGGGACCAGGAAGGACCUUUACUAGCCUCUCGCCCAUCUCUCCAGGAUCAUUUACACAGACCAGUGAUCGGGAGGAAAGCCACGUGUUAAAAGUCCAGAAAAACAAAUACACAGGUCAGGAGGGACACGAUAAAGCAUCACUGUUAUGAUCGACAUUAUUAUGAGAAAAAUCUGCAUCAUCCCCAUUGCUGUCAACCCUGAAUACGUUUACAGAAAGGGAGUUCUACGUUCAAAGUCAGAAUAGUUUUAUCGUGAAGAAAAAAUGCUGUGUGUCUCUAAAUGGCUGCACCACUUCCAUUUCUGACAUCCCACCCUUGUUUUUGCCACACUGUUUCCCCCACUCACGAAAUAUCUGAUGACAUUCCAUAUCUCAUUUACCGGUCAAGUAAAAGGGAACCUAUUAUA